AUGCAGAAGGUCGCUCUUCUUACCCUGAUCCUUGCGGGCACUUCGAUUGCCGCGCCUACUGGUGCCGACAAGCGCUCUGACGCCGAUGCUGCAACCCUCUAUGUCGCUGACAAGCGCUCCGAUGCUGAUGCCGCUACCCUUUACGUUGCCGACAAGCGGUCUGAUGCCGAUGCCGCAACCCUCUACGUCGCCGACAAGCGGUCUGAUGCUGAUGCCGCUACUCUCUACGUUGCCGACAAGCGGUCUGACGCAGACGCCGCAACCCUCUAUGUCGCCGACAAGCGGUCUGAUGCCGAUGCCGCAACCCUCUACGUUGCCGACAAGCGGUCUGAUGCUGAUGCCGCUACUCUCUACGUUGCCGACAAGCGGUCUGACGCAGACGCCGCCACUCUCUACGUAGCUGACAAGCGCUCUGAUGCUGAUGCCGCAACCCUCUACGUCGCUGACAAACGCUCAGACGCAGACGCUGCUACUCUUUAUGUUGCCGACAAGCGCUCUGACGCUGACGCUGCUACUCUUUAUGUUGCCGACAAGCGCUCUGACGCUGACGCUGCUACUCUUUAUGUGGCUGACAAGAAGAAGCGCUCUGACGCCGAUGCCGCCACCCUCUAUGUCGCCGACAAGCGUUCUGACGCCGAUGCCGCUACUCUUUACGUUGCCGACAAGAAGAAGCGCUCUGACGCGGACGCUGCCACUCUUUACGUUGCCGACAAGAAGAAGCGCUCUGACGCCGAUGCCGCCACCCUCUACGUAGCUGACAAGCGUUCUGACGCCGAUGCCGCUACUCUUUACGUUGCCGACAAGAAGAAGCGCUCUGACGCGGACGCUGCCACCCUCUACGUCACCGACUAA